AUGACUGAAGAUAAAGUCCGCUUGAUUCGAGAUCGUCUGAAAGUGGCUUCUGAUAGACAGAAGUCCUACGCUGAUUUGAAGAGGAAGGACAUCGAGUAUUCUGUAGGGGCUAUGGUUUUUCUUAAGUUGGAGCUACCUUCAGAGUUAGAGCGCAUGCAUGAUGUGUUCCACAUCUCAAUGCUGAGACGCUACCGCUCUAAUCCCACGUAUAUUGUGUCUGUGGAAGAGAUUAAGGUUAGACCAUAUCUAACAUUCGAGGAGGAACCGGUUCAGAUCCUAGAUCGUGACGUUAAGGUUCUGUAUAAGAAAUCUAUCCCUUUAGUGAAGGUGUUGUGGCGGAAUCAUAGUACUGAGGAGGCCACUUGA